AUGACGAAGCAAGUGCUUCAUUAUCACGACGUGCAGCUGUACGAAUCGGAUGUGGCGUUAGUAACGAGUCCAGGCCAGUGGCUUAAUGAUAAUAUCAUUAAUUUUUAUCUGCAAUAUCUAACGCAGACACGUGCUUCAAGUGACGUGCUGCUUAUGGAUCCGGCGGUGGUCUCGUGUUUAUUACAUCAGUGCGAAGACGAGGAGGAGUACGUGGAUUUAGCCAAGGGUUUAGAUCUUACUACACGUCGAGUCUGUAUCAUUCCUGUAUCUGAUAAUGAUAAACUAGACGGAGUCAGUAGCCAUUGGUCAUUGCUGCUUUAUUGCGAUGGUAGUUUUCGUCAUUUGGAUUCAAGUGCUGGUCAUAAUAAAUACGCAGCACAACAAGUGGCCAAUUCAUUUGUGCUUUUACUUAAAGCAAUUGGAAAACAUCAUGGAGAUGGAAGAGUCUCUGAACAAGUGGAGGAAGUAGUAGAUACUCCACAGCAACAGAAUGGCUACGAUUGUGGUAUUUAUGUCCUAUUGCUAGCCGAAUAUUUCUGUACUCAAGACGAAGAGACGACGACGAUGACGAUGGACGUUUAUGUAACGCCAGAACGUGCGACGAAACUUCGUUUAGAGAUGCCUCGACUUAUUGAGAAGCUUAAACAUAUGGAGAGUAUCUAA